AACUACAAACAAACAUAUGUUACAUCCAAAACUGAAAUUGCUUAGGCAGUAAUUUAGAUUUUUUUUUUUUGAUAAAAAAAAAAAAGCAAAAUCCCUAAUUUGGUCAAAAGAAUUCGUAUUCUGAUUGGCCAGAGAGAAAAUUGCACUCAAAUGAGAACAUCGGAUGACCUCCCCAAUCGACUGUGCCACUGUCCGCUCCCAUGGUUGUAGGCUAAGCUGGGUUUGUAGCAUCUUCUCCCUCCCAGCGCUCCUCCGCUUACUUGCAUCGGCGAAUCCUUGGGCGGGACAUGAAGCAGCUUAAAAGGGCUUGUACACACUACACAGAACAUGCCCCAAGGUCUGUUUGGUCAAAGAGUAGCGCAGAGAUUUUUGUGUUUUUCACGCUUUUUUUGUGGCCGGACCUUCGACGGCGAAGGCGUGGAUAAUGGGUUUGGGGGUGUUGAGGAGCUUUUGAAGGAAAAUUUGACCACUUUGGAUUUUGAUUUUUCUUCGUAUAAAAAACCAGACCCAGACCCAGAUGUUGCUUCAUCUGGGAGUGAUUAUGAUUGUGAGAGCUGGUCCUCGGGAUACUUCUCUGCACGGCAGGGGUUUGUUGCGAGAGCGAGAGCUGAUGCGGAUAGGGCUCUUGAAGUUCUCGAGCAAGAUGGCCUGGGAUUUGAUGCAAAAUUGGCUCUAGACGAGUUGAAAAUAAGGGUUUCAGGCAUUUUUGUGAGAGAAGUUCUUCUGAAAAUUUUGACGAACAUAAAUUAUGCGCAUAGAAGCCGGUGCGCAAAGUUGGGGUACAAAUUUUUUGUGUGGUCUGGUCAGCAGGAGAACUAUCAGCACACAACAAACGCUUACCAUUUAAUAAUGAAGAUCUUCGCUCAUUCGGAGGAGUUUAAAGCAAUGUGGAGACUGGUCGAUGAGAUGAUUGAGAAAGGAUACCCGACGACUGCACGGACAUUUAACAUUUUGAUAUGUACUUGUGGUGAGGCAGGCUUGGCAAGGAAGGUUGUAGAGAGAUUUAUUAAGUCAAAAACAUUUAAUUAUAGGCCUUUUAAACACUCAUAUAAUGCAAUUCUUCAUUCCCUUCUUGUGGUAAACCAGUACAGGUUGAUCGAGUGGGUGUAUCAGCAAAUGCUAACCGAGGGUUAUUUGCCUGAUGUUCUGACAUACAAUAUACUCAUGUUUGCCAAGUAUAGGCUGGGGAAGUUGGAUCAGUUCCACAGGUUGCUUGAUGAAAUGGGAACAAGUGGAUUUCCCCCGGAUUUUCAUACAUUCAAUAUCCUUCUCCAUGUUCUUGGAAAAGGGGACAAACCGCUUGCUGCACUUAAUCUUUUAAAUCAUAUGAAGGAGGUGGGUUUUGAUCCGAGUGUUCUUCACUUCACCACAUUGAUUGAUGGGCUGAGCCGGGCUGGGAAUUUGGAUGCCAGCAAGUAUUUUUUUGAUGAAAUGAUUAAAAGCGGUUGCAUGCCUGAUGUAGUCUGUUACACUGUUAUGAUAACUGGAUAUGUUGUGGCUGGGGAGCUUGAGAAGGCUCAGGGAAUAUUUAAUGAGAUGAUUACGAAAGGACAGUUUCCAAAUGUAUUUACUUACAAUUCCAUGAUCCGCGGGCUUUGCAUGGCAAGAAAGUUCGACGAGGCAUGCUCAAUGCUCAAGGAAAUGGAGUUCAGGGGUUGCAAUCCAAAUUUUCUUGUGUACAGUACCCUAGUGAGUAAUCUGAGAAAUGCUGGAAAGCUUUCUGAAGCUCAUGAAGUAAUAAGACAUAUGGUGGAGAAGGGCCAAUACAUCCAUCUCCUCUCAAAGUUCAAGGGUUAUAAGAGAUGUUAGAGUCAUACAUUUUGUAACGUGGAGAUUAUCCAGUUGUAACUUCAGCAGGAAAAUACUUGGUGAUUCAGCUCAGUCGACAGGUUUUAUGUGCUAUUUGUUUAAAAUAUCCUGUUAAGAAUGAAAGGUACCAGUUCCCUCAUGUAUACUCAGUUUAUUUUUCCUCUUGUUUUCCCCUCCUGGAGACCAAUUAUAAAAAGCCAAUUUUUUCUUGA